AUGAUCAGUCCAGCGCGGCCGUUUGCCACGCUUCGACAUGUUCAAAAAGAUGCGGUGCAGCCGACGCUUUUUCACUACAACAGCGCGCUCUCCAGCUGCAAGGAGAGCAGCGACUGGGGAGCUGCGCUCUCGCUCCUGACCACGCUUGGUGCUGUGGGCCUUGGACCCAGCAGUGCUUCCUUUACGGCUGCUAUUCGAGCAGUAGCACAGACCCGUCGACUAUGGGAAGUUGGCCUCACCUUGCUUUGCGACCUGCAUGUUUGGAUGCUUCAGAGCAAUCAGAUCACGAACAGCGCAGCCUUGACUGCGGCUGGAAGAUCAACUGCCUGGCAAGCUGCAGUUGGGAUCUUUAGCAGGAUGCAGCUGCAAGAGCUCUGCCAGGAUGUCGUCUCUCACACCGCGGCCCUUGCGGCGUGCGAGCCUUCAGGCCGCUGGCAGCUGAUGCUGGAGUUAUUUGCAAAAAUGCCAGUUGUGGAUGUUGUGGCCUGCGGGGCGGCUGUGAGUGCCUGCGCCAAGGCUGCUUCCUGGCAAGAGGCGCUCUUGCUCCUUGUGAGCAUGCCAAAGCAGCGGUUGUGGCCAAACACAAUUUGUUUCAAUGCUACCAUCUCUGCCUGCGAGCGGAGUGGGCAUUGGGAGCUGGCGCUUUUUCUGCUGAAUGAGAUGGACCUCCAGGCCUUGCAGCCCGAUGCGGUCAGUGUGUCUGCUGCCAUCAGUGCGUGUGGACGUGGGCUUGAGUGGCAGGCUGCGAUGUGGCUGUUAGCAACCUUGCCGUCAAUGCACCUGCAACGGACAACGAUCAGCUUCAACGCCACCAUGAGUGCCUGCGAGAAGGCGAAACAUUGGCAACAUGUCACACAGCUGACGGACGACUUCGUCAGCCAUGGUUUCCUGCCAGAUACUGUGACCCGUGGAGUGAUUGGACUGGCUUGUGACCAUGCAGAGCAGUGGCAAAGAUCCCUGCUGCUGAGCCCCAGCAAAGGACCGGUGUCCAAAGAUGGGCUUCAAACUUUGGCCCGAAGGCUAAGUUGGUCCGAAGACGAGCGGGCAGAGGUGCGUGCUUGGCUGCAACCGGAGCAACUAAAAGAGGUCUCUCCAGACGAAUUGGUGCUAUUGGUGUGGUGUGCUGCUUCACUCGGAUGGUCGGAGGAGAACAUUAUCCACAGAACGCGGAAAAAGCUGCUCCAGUGCCUGCAGUCCAGACUUCUGUCGUGGCGUGAAACUUCGCGUUUGGCUUGGUCUUUGGCCAACCUGGAGGUGAACGAUGCCGUUUUGUUGGAUACCUUGCAGGAGGACUUAAUCCAACAGAUGGACCGCUUCGAGUCCGCACAGCACAGCGGCGUUCUUUUGGACUUUGCCUCCUCUGCUCUGACGACGUCAUGGGCAUGCAGCUUCCUCAAAAGCUUACGCAGAAGGACGCUGGGCAAAGUGUCAGAAUUCUUGGCGCAGUCAGCUUUGCUUCUUGACAGGCAGCCUGUGCCUAACUUGGCCUACGACCUCUUUUCUGACAAGACUCUGAUCCACCUCGAGUUGGAAGAUCUGCUUGUGAUAAGCAAACCUCCUCAUUGGCAAGUGGAUUCAAACACGGAUAGAAACAGUGAAGCAUCCUUGGGAGACUUCCUGAAGGGAAUCUUUCCUGUUCGUCGCUGGCCAGUGUUCCGCGACACGGCAAAUGCCAAAGGCUUUUUACACCGUUUGGAUGUGCCCAGUUCGGGCUUGAUCCUUGUGGCCAAAACGUACAGCGCGUACUUCGACUUGCGUCUUCAACUUCAGACAGGCCAGAUGCACCGAGAGUACUUGGUGCUUUCCCAUGGCUGGCUCCCGCCUCGCGGUGCCGUGGUGGCGCGGGUGCAUGCUUUGAAGGGGGGCCGAAGUGACCAGAGCUCUGUGACACGCAGGGGCAGGGUGGCCAUCACCAGGCUGAAAGUCUUGAGCUACUGCAUGCUGAGCGGCGCGGUGUCUUUGGUGGCAGUUCGCUUGGUGACAGGGCGAAUGCAUCAAAUCCGCUUGCACCUGUCUCAUAUCGGCCACCCGACGGUCACGGAUGGCAAAUAUGCAGCCACCGAGACCAAGCUGCGGGAUGAGCAACGGUGCUCGAGAAACUUUCUGCAUCGGUACCGCUUGACCUUCGCAGUUGCAGGCCAGCCUUAUUCGGCUUCAUCGCCUCUGCCUGGAGACCUGAUGGCUGUGUUGCAGCGAUGCACUGCGAGUGGUCCAGCCUUGGCUGCUUCUGCGGCUGCAAUGCGAGAGUGGAGUAGUGGCGCUUGCGAAUCGUGGGGGCAAUGUCGAUCAAUUGAACAGAAAAAGGUUUUCUCGGAUGCCUCCGAUACCUCGAAGCAAUUCUCAGGCCGAUAUUCAAAAGCCGGCCACCCCAGCGCCACGGUUAACAACCGGUAUGAGAGAGAAGUUGGCCCUGGAUCGUUUGAGAGCCACGCCAUUUGCAGUGGUUGCGGCAGAGCCCAUGCCCGAAUCAACGCUGCGGAGCAGCUUCACGCUAAAGGACUGCUGCUUGAACAGCUUGAAUGGUCUAAGGAGCUUGAGUCGGCCUUUGAUGUGCAGUUAGCAGAGCUUUUGGUCAAGUUGGAGACCUGGGCCGACAGGGUCGCAGCACCCUCUGCCCCUCGGUUCUUGGUCUCCAAGAGGAGCGGGCAGUCGAAGCUUUGCGACGAAGCUUUGCCAGAGCCGAGCCUGAUGCAUCACAAGAACAAAAGCUAUGACGAGGCCAGGUUAACCCAUGUCCAGGUGGUUGAAGCUACCCAAGGGCUUGGGAAGUUCAAUGAGGAUGAGCGAGAUGCUAUCAAGGACACCAGUCUUUGGCAGAGCCUGCGCCAAUGGUCACGAGAGUUGAUGGGGUCAAUGCCGGCAAGCCUUUUCUUCGCAGGGUUGAUUGUCACGAACAGCAUUUUUCUUGGAGUCCAGUUGGAGAUGCAGGCAGCGUCUGAGAACAUUUUCGUUGAAGACACGUUCUUUUUGGCUUUGAAUGUGGUCUAUGCCGUGCUAUUCACCAUGGAAGUCAUGCUGAGGCUUUUAGGCAGCGGGUGCAGUAUGUUUAUUUGGUCAUCCCAUGACUGGGCCUGGAAUUGUUUGGACUUGUUUGUGGUUGUGUCUUCCUGGGUGGAGCUUCUUCUGCACAGUCUUGAAGGGAAUUCAUCCAUCAGCGGAAACCGCAACCUUCGUAUGCUCCGGCUCCUUCGCUUCGGCCGAUUGGUGCGUGUGGUUCGGGUGGUGCGAGUGGCCCGCCUCUUCCGAUCCCUGCGAACGUUGAUCAACUCCCUAGUAGGGACCUUGAAGUCGUUGUUUUGGUCCCUCUUGCUCCUGGCGCUCAUUAUGUAUAUGUUCGGCAUAAUGUUCACGGACGCAGUUUUGGAUCAUCGGAACUCUCUUGGCUUCACUGACGCUGGAAGCGACUUGUCCCUGCGUUUUGGAAGUCUGUACUUAUCCAUCGAGACGCUCUUCCGUGCCAUCUCAAAUGGCUUGACCUGGGGGGAGGCAGCUGAUGCCUUAGCAAGAAUGGACCACGGCAUGUUCUGGUGUUCGCUCUUCCACUUCUACGUGGCAUUUUGCAGUUUUGCGGUGUUGAAUGUGAUGACAGGAACCUUUUGCAAUGCUGCCAUCAAAGCUGCAGAGCGUGACCAUGACAUGCUGGUCCUUUCAUUGGUGCAAACGCGGCAAGAGCUGCGGGAGCAAGUGGCGACCCUCUUCCACAAGAUUGACCAGCGUGGAGUUGGACAGGUGACCAUCGAUGAUUUUGAACAGCACUUCAGUGACGACGUGGUGAUUGCUUUCUUUGAAUCCUUGGAGAUUGGUGCCAUGGAUGCAUGGACCCUGUUCUUGAGCUUGGAUGUCGAUGGUGACCACACGAUUAGCGUCGAUGAAUUUACCGAGAGAUGCCUGCAGCUGCAUGGUCCAGCAAGAUCUGCUGAUAUAUUUGCACUACGUCAGAACACUGACAAGCUGGCGGACUAUUUGAUCAAGGUUGAAGGUCGACAGCUGCAACUCCACCAGCGCUUCAACGAGCUCCUGCGCACCAUGAGCAGUGUCGGGUAUCUCACAGAACCUGUGAAGGAGGCAGAGCUAUAA